CGAAAUACGUCUUGAAUGACUGAAUCUGAACGCUGCUUGCGCUAGAGACCCCUGUGGCUUUAAGAACGGCUUCCUCCUCAGUUCGGCUAUCACAUGAUUUUGUCCUGUGACUGAAGACGCGGCAGCAGAAACAAACACAGGCCUUUUCCGUAUAGGGAACAUCGAAGCAGAAGGGGGAAUACCUCCAGUAAUAUGGACAGCAAGUCUCUGGUGCAAGACAGACCCCCUGCUUACAGCGUCGCCCCUGGGGGAUAUGAAUACGGGCAGCAGCCGCAGCAUAACUAUGGAGCGAUCCGCACGUCUGGCCCGCCGCCGCAGGGCUAUCAACCGCCUCUUCCGCCAUAUCAAUAUCCCAACGGGCCAGCGUGCUCACAGCUGCCAUCUAUUGGCCAGCAACCGAGUUACUCCAACACGUACACGAUCAUCCAGCCCUCUGUAGUGGUGGUGGGUGGAUGCCCGGCUUGCAGAGUUGGUGUGCUGGAGGACGACUUCACUUGCUUAGGGCUCCUGUGUGCUAUAUUCUUCUUCCCCAUUGGGAUCAUCUUCUGCCUUGCGCUGCGCCAGAGGCGAUGUCCAAACUGUGGCGCCACCUUUGGGUAGAGGGACCAAACUGUGGUUUGGGCAUUUCAGAUUUUUUUUUCUCCAUUUCAUCUUCUACUACACACACACUGCCAUAUGUUUCCCAGAGAUUCAAAGCAAUAUGAUCAAGCAGUUUCUGAUGAGCAAUGUACCAUCAGAAGUCUGUAUUUAGAUUAAAAUUACCUGUCAAAUUCCUAGCUGUUUGUCACUCUGUUUUGGUGCCUUAGUGAUCUGAAUCAUUCUCUUCCCCCAUCACAGCUUACCGGAAAUAUGGGAUAAAAAAUACAUUUCAGAAAUGAUUCGCGUAUAUUUGCAGUUGGACUUACUCACAUUUAAUCCACCCUAAGAAUAAAUGUAACUUUCAGCUGGCUGCAGCUGGAAGAAAUUCUUGAAGGUUUUUUUUUUUCCCUCCCUGUGAUUCUUCUGUUGCUAUGGCAACCUUCACUCUGUGUUUUUGACGUUUUAGGGAUCAGUACCACUUGCUGGACUUAGGUGGCAUGUCUGGCUGCGUCUGUCUUCCUUCAGCCCAGCCGGGUUGCUUUGUGCCCAAAUGCCAUGAGAUUGUUGAGACAAAAUGAGAGAGAGAGACCAAAUCUUGCAGAGUGGCUUUCAGCCUCUGUCUCAUUUUCCUUCUGUAUGUUGCUGCUAGGGCCUCGCUGGUACCUACUAUCCUUCCUCUCAGGAUCACAUGGUUGUGAUGUUUGGAAAACAAAACAAUCACACAGCAGUAUUAACCUCCUCUCUGGAGUCAUUCUGAGUUCAUGAAUACUCUGCUGUUCCAUAUUACCUCUCGAUGCAAUAUGUAUUUACAUUAAUCACCCUGUAAGGAAAGUACACACUGUUAUGAAUGUAAUCCUGUUUAUAUGAAUGUAAAUAUAAUAAAAUGAAAUUGUAUCCACA